CCUCCGGCGCUUCGUUCAUCCCCUUCCCUCAUCUCCUCCUCGACAUCCACAUCAACGUCGUUUCUCCUCCAGACUCUCAGACAUCUGACAAGUUCUAGCCUCAAGCUCGCUUUAUCCCAAUGCCUCCGAAAGCCGCCGCUGCGGCAGCAGCUCCUGCCGCCCUCGCCGCGGGUUCUCCACCUCCACCGGAGCCCAAAGCCAAUGAUGCCAACGACAUCCUUGUCAUCCAGGACCUGAUGGACACGAUCGACCAGAUUCCUAUCGAGCUCACUCGGGUGCACUCUGACCUCAACGAGCUCGGCGCUGUAUUGUACGCCACGCUGUGUAACCUCGAGACCAAGUUGCAUCAGCUCAUCAACUGGAUUCAGGACCCUACCAUCCAGCCCGAGCGCCGCUUCCAGCUCUUGCAGGAGAUCGCUGAGGAGGCCGCUAGAUACAAGCUGGGCGGCGAUGACAAGAUUCGCGUCGCGGGCGGCGCGUGUGAUGGAAUUAUGGGCCACCAGCGGCAUAUCUCUGAGCUACUCAACGCGUCCACGCUCUUAAUCAAGGACCCGCCGUCCCCGUACACCGCGGCCAUGACAUUGGUCCCUAUUCCGGCCCCCGCCGCCACCCGUCGCGGAGCGCGAACCACAGGCUCGCCAUUCAAUGACCGUGGCACGCCGACCAAGAAGAAGCGCAGUCGCAAAGACCAGCUGGGCAAGGACGACGACGAUGCCUCAUCCGUUAACGGCGACAAGAAGAAGGCUCCAGUGAAGAGGAAGAAGCAGCCGCGUGGGGUGUCGCCAUCUGAGUCCAUUGCUUCAACUGCAGCGUACGGCAAGGAUACCGGACCCAAGACUGCCCGUCAGAUCGCUGCCGCAGCAGCCAAGGCGAGCGCAGCAGCUAAGCAGCAGCGUCAGGCCGAUGACUCGGACGACGAUACGGGCGACGAGGAGCCGCGCGGCGGGCGGAAGAGCACGGCGAUGGUCGUUAGCGCCUCCAACGACAGCCUUGCCCCGACCGGGGCCCUCGGCAUCGACAUCGGCAAGAGUCGCGAGGGCUCCGCGGGCAAGAGCGGCGGCGUAACGCCCAGUGGGAGCGGGACGAAGAGCGCCAAACGCGGACAGAAGCGUGGGCACGGCGAAGAUGACGAGGAGGAGGAUGAGGAGGACGGAGACGCGCCUCCCACAAAGCGCACCACCGCGAAGAAGGUUGCAGUGACAACGGCGGCGGGUGCGGGUUACGACAGCGCCGAUCUUGGUGACGACGGCGCAGUCGACGACAAUCUCGACUCCAAGGUCUACUGCACAUGUCGCCAGGUGUCCUUCGGCGAGAUGAUUGGGUGUGAUGACGACGACUGCGAGAUUGAAUGGUAUCACGUCGCGUGUCUCAACCUCGACAAGGCGCCGGAGGGCAACUGGAUCUGCCCGCAAUGCCUCGAGCGGCGAAAGCGUAACCCGAAGGCGAAGAAGCCGUCGAAGCCCGCCAAGCGUCGUUGAGCAGUGCGCCGGCUCGACCAGAGGGACAAUCACCAUUCCCCUCACUGUACCGUUUUACACUUUGUAUGCAUAGAUUGUGACAG